AACCAUAUUACCACGUCAUAGACCCUGGUGUCAUGGUUGGUUACGUUGAUCGCUAACCAUAGCCGAUAGUUUGGAUCAAAAGGGUGCUAGUCGCCAAAGGUUGCGUGUUGCCAAGGGUCAUGAGGUACCAAAGGUUGUGAGAUACCAAAUGAUGCAAGUAACCAAAAGGUAUGAGAUACCAAGGGUUGCAAGUAUCAAAGGGUACGAGGACCAAAGGGUACCAAUGACCAAAGGGUGCAUCGUGAUCCCAAGGAUGCAAUGUAUCGUGAUCCAAGAUCUGUGAUCAUGUCGUGAUCCAAGAGGUACGAAUGUGUCGUUAUCGAAGAGGUACGAGCGUGUUGUGAUCCAAGAGGUACGAACGUAUCAUGAUCCAUGGGAUGUGAACGGGUCAUGACCGAAAGGGUACGAACGGGUCAGAACUGAAAGGGUACAAACGGAAUGGGACCGAAAGGGUACAAGUGAUUCGAUGGUUAAAAGGACACCACAUGCAUUAUGUUGGGCGUGGACCCAUAUGAUGGCAAUGGGUUGUCAGUUUGGUCAAUACAUGAGUGUAAGGAAAUAGCGAAGGCCUUAAGAGCUAGUGCAAUCCGUACAACAUGAUUGAUGUAUGAACCAUAAUCCAUAGUUAGUGGAUGGAUGGUUCUAGUCACAAAGGCUAAGUAGGAUAUCUUACAAUCAACUUUGGGUUGGUGAGUAGGAUAGGCGCCAUAUGCCUUAUGUAGGGAGUAAACCCACAUGAUGGCAAUGGAAGGCGGUUAUGUCAAUACCUUCCAAGUAGGCGAUGGCUUAUGAAGUCUAGUUGUCGGAUCAUGUUUCAUGACGAUGUUUCGAUGGCUGAGAACUAGUAUGGAUAGUCACGUUGCUGGAGUAAGAGUAUUGAUGUGAUGCUUCUAGAUAUCAAUCUUGGUGUUGAUAACUUCGAGAUUGGCUAAGAGUCAUGACGAAGUGUAUCGCUAGUACUACGUGUCGUAGACCUUAAGUAUUGAGCUUAGGUGUGAUUGUCCAAGGAAAGCCGUGUAAGAUCUGAUCAUGGUUGAGUAUGGACGACCUGACCUCUGGAUGAUGGUCUAAGGUGUCACUACUAACCUGAUUAAUGAAUCGGUUGGUAUGAACAAGUCAUAUCUGUUUUCUGGGUUAAGUCUCAAGGCCGAUCAGGCCAGAUGAUGACUCAUCAGUUCCAAGUCAUAUGAGGAUGGUUGGUUGAUUGACUUAGGAUCUAAUGAGCUUUGUCAGUCCAGAAAAUGGACUUGGUACUAUUGCCUAUAAGGCAAAAGGAUUUCGGAUUGUGCAUGAGCCGAGAAAGGUCAGAUGUAUGUCCUUUUUCUUUCAGAGACUUCUCAAAGCUUACUUAUGUCUGUGGGGAUGGUUGGUUGAAUGACUAAGUACCUAGGGGAGCUGUUUGAUGCAAGAGUCAAGAUAAGGACCUUAAGUAAGAUCAUUGAGUCAUCGUGGUCCAGCUGUCAAGCAAGAGCAAUUUGAGUCAAUGGAGGACCGAUGAGCUAAUAAGCUCCAUAGAUGUGGCGUAGGUAUGAUCUAGCAUUUACUUAUGUAGAUCUAGAUAGAAUGGUUUAGGAGAAUGGAACCUCAGAAUUAUGACUUGGUUUGGGUUUAGGAUUGACCUUUAAGCUAAUUGGUAGUUGAGUAAACUGACCAAGGCUAAGGUGAAUCGACCAGACAAGUGUUAGAUUGGUUUAAGACCAAUAGAAAACUAGAGAAUAAUAUGUUGCGUAUUUGUUGAAAGGAUCUAAGCUAUUAAUGACUAGGGAAGUCUUUAGCUAAGGUUUAAGUUCGCCCUCGCCUAUGGGCGAUAUUAUAAAUAAAGGGCAAAAAUUAAGAGGUUCGGCCAGGAAGUGGACCAAGCGAUGUAAGGCUUCAACCGCGGCCUAAGCGGCCGGAUCGGGGUGUUACAAGAACUCAUAUACAUUGGAUAAUUUGGUAUCUUUGGAAAUCUUGAAACAAUUAACUUUUCAUGAGCAUAAACAGUGGCCCCUUUGAUUUGCGAAUGCCAAAGUUGGUUCUCAACGAAUGUGGUUGUUCCUACAACAUCACAACCAUUAAGCAACACUGAUUAACUAGCCAUAUGCUUGGAAAACAUAUAUUUGGUGGAUGACUUCCACUUUUCAAUUCAGUUGAUGCGGAUGGGUUUAGAAGGACAUAUCUGAAUAUUUUCAUUAAAUGAGGACACGAAGACGACAGAAUCAGCUUGGCAUUCAGAAUUAGAAUCACUGUUCUGAGCGAUAGACAUUCAACUUGCCAGAAGUUUGGAACAAACUACAUGGACCUGAUCACUUAUGAUUAAAGAACCUCAUGCAUGGUAAAAUUUCUUAUAGAUAGAAGUGAUCAAGACCAAAGAAAAUUCCAAGUAUUCAAGAUAUCUUACAUUUAUCGACAACAAAAUGCAAUUUCGGGUUUUCUAGCUAAAACUGCAAAAUCUUUUUAUAGGAAACUUUGUUUUGUUGGUUGCUUUAUUCUGGCGUAGUUGCCAUACCAUCUUUAAUUUGAAUGAUAAAAUGACCGUGUGAUUGUCAAUUUUUUUUAUUAUCCUAGUAAAUACUUUCAAUCUGUUUGUUCCAACUGUCUAAUGUGUUAUUACCGUUCAAACUUAUAUUAUAUUAAUAUAAAUAAUGAAGCUAGUAGAAUUUCUAAAAAAUGAUAUAAAUGUGGUAUUUGGUUUUAUUGUAUAGCUCUUUAUCCUUUCCCAAUUCACGUAUGAAUACACAUGCAGUUAGUUACAUAUUAUGGUUUGUACAGUACAAUGCGUAUUUUUAAUGUAAUGCUUCAUGCCGACAUAAACAUAAGACGUACGCAUGUAUUAUGAGUAUAUAUAGACACAUCACACGUAUGCAUUUCCAUAUUCACAAAAUAAUAAAAAAUUAAUAUUUACAAUAAUGAAAUUUCGCUUUCUCAGCCAAUAAAAACAGAGAUUUCAAUAUCUUUCAUUAGUUUAAAAUUUUAUAUGCGCCUAAUUGCUAUUACUUCGAAAUAUUUAUAUUUGGAAUAAAGAACAGAUAUUUGAGAUGAUAAAAGUCAACUAUAUCUCAUCAUUUGGUCUUUUGUUUCCCGACGCCCAACUUUUUUUUAAAAAAAUAUCAUCUGUUCAUUUUUCAUUCUUUUUCCCAACUGGAUAUCACCAAUUACCAUCAUUCAUAACACAUUAGCAUUUCGAGAAUCCUUCUAUAUAUACAUCAGUCAAGUCAUCCAACGAGAGCGACGACACCACAUUUGUUAAAUAAAUAUAAAGAAAUGAAGGUUCAUGAGUUUUCCAAUGGGUUUUCGUCUUGGGAGCAGCAACAAGAGUCGCCAUCAUCCUUUAGCUGCAAACGCUUCCGUCCUCUGGCCCCUAAGCUCUCCGGCAGCCCUUCCUCCCCUCCUUCUUCUUCCUCGGGCGUCACUUCCGCUACUUUCGAUCUCAAGAGCUUCAUUAAACCCGAUCAAGCCGCUCCAACAAAAUCUCACUACUCUCUUGAACACAAACGAGACUUUUCUCAAGUGGAGAUGCACCCGGGAGGGACAAGGUGGAACCCAACUCAAGAACAGAUAAAAAUACUUGAGAUCUUGUACAAAGGUGGAAUGCGGACUCCUAACGCGCAACAGAUCGAGCACAUAACUUCUCAACUCGGUAAAUACGGAAAAAUCGAAGGGAAGAAUGUGUUCUACUGGUUUCAGAACCACAAAGCGCGGGAGAGACAGAAGCAGAAGAGGAACAACCUCAGCUUAAGUUGCCAAGGCAGCCUCAGUACUACUAGUGUCUCUAAUGCAAGUGUAACAAUGAAGACAAGAACAUCGUCUUCACCUGACUUCAAGAGAGAACCAAUGGUGAUGAAGGAGUUACUUGAAGAGAAUGAGUACAAGAGGACAUGUAGGAGCUGGGGAUUUGAGAACUUGAAGAUAGAGAGCAGAAGAAACAUAAAUAGUAGUAUAAAUGCUACAAUAGCAACUACUUUUAAUAUUGACAAUGUAACUCUUGAGCUUUUUCCUUUGCACCCUGAAGGAAGGUGAAGAAGAUGAGGCAGAAAAUGUGGAAUUCUUAUGUAGAUCUGGUUUGGGUUCAGUCGAAGUAGUUGGUAUCUUGAUAUUCAAAAAAUAAUUCUGGAUGAUAAAUAAGUUUCUAAGAUUAUAGAAUCUACUUAAGAGUUCCCUUAUAAUUUGCGAGCCUGAUGUAUCCUGUGUAGUUUCUUUUGCAAUGUAUUCUUAGUUAUGAAUUCUUAGUUAAGCUCAUCUCUUUAGUUUC